AUGCAUAAAUUUGAUGAGGAAGUGGCUGCAGUUUUCAAACGGGAGUCUGAUCACAAAGCCCAGUUGGAGAGUCUGUGCUCGCUUCUAAAUGAAACAUUUCCCAAAUGCAAUGAGAUGAGUUCUAGUGAUCUUCUCCAACUCGUUCAAGCCGUGGUUAAUUUGGAAGCAGGCAGCAUGGUUGUUUCUCGUCAAUUUGUUACAUCAGUUAUUAAUCAAUUGGAAUUAUGCAAUUUGGAUUGUAGCGUUGUGAAAGAGAUUACUAAAGAUCUGUUAGAGAUACUCCAGCCAAGAAAUAUUUCGUACGAAGAGCAGACUUCAACACUUCGAAUGAAACUAGCCGAUACUUUUGAAAGUGAGGGUGACCUCUCAUCUGCAGCUCAAUGUCUUAUGGGCAUUUCAACAGAACCGAGUGGGAGAUUAAUUAGCCAGUCCUUACGUAUGGGGUUACUUCUGCGUAUUGGAAAAUUGCUUCUGGAUGUUGACCAAGUUAGCGAAGCAGAAGGAUAUAUUAAUAAAGCUAGCAUGCUCCAAGAAGAUAAAACUGAUGCGAUCAGCGUGAAGUUCAAGAUGAUCUAUUCUCAAUUGCUGGAUAGAAAAAGAAAGUUCUGUGACGCUGCUCAGCGCUACUAUGAAUGCUCAUUGAUGAUAGAUGUACUGGGUUUGGCUGAUUGUAUGAAAUCGCUGAGUAAAUCUAUCAUUUGUACCAUAUUGGCUAGUCCUGGUAUUUCGAGAACAAGGAUGCUUUCGAUCCUCUAUAAGGAUGAGAGAGCCAAGAGUUUGCCACAAAACGAGUUGUUGAAGAAAUUAUUCUUGGAUCGUUUCGUUAAAGUGCAUGAGCUAGAAGAGUUUGAGAGAUGCUUAUGCAAACAUCAGAUUUAUAACGAGAAAGGAGAAUCCAUUGUGCGGAGCGUAAUCCUAGAGCAUAAUGUUUCUGCUAUUUCGCAAGUUUAUGUUAAUAUAUCUUUACAAACCAUGGGUGACUUAUUAGGAAUAACAGCUGAGAAGGCAGAAGAAAUUGCUGUUCAAAUGAUUUCUGCGCAAAUUUUGAGUGGAAGCAUUGAUCAAAUCGAAGGAUAUGUACAUUUUACUAAAUACGAAGCUUUAAAGGACUGGGAUCAGCAAAUUUUAUGUUUAUGUGAACAAAUUAACAGAGUUUCGGAACUGAUUGUGAACGAGCAUCCGAAUUUAGCAGUCAAGUAA